AUGUCAAUAAGAUUACCAUCAAUAGUUGAUUCAGAUUGUGAAUCAAUAUUUGCAUUAGAUGAAAAAGAAUAUAUUUUUAAUCCAAACAAUGAUUUAUCAAUAGAAACUUUAGUAAAUCACGUAUUACCAAUACCACAAGAUUUAAGUGGUAAAUCUGUUAAAAUACCAGGAACUAGUUCAAAAGGCUUUUCAGAAAUUUAUAGAAAUUCAGGUUUACCAAAUGGGUUAAAAAGUUGUUUAUUACCUGAAUUAAAUACUUAUCAUAGUGUACUCAAAUCAGCUGUUGAAAGAAAUUUACAUUCUCCAUGUCUAGCUUAUCAUGAAUAUGAUUAUGAAAAUGAUGUACAUUUAGAAAGAUAUAAUCUGAUUACUUAUGAAGAAGUUAAUAACAAAAAGAAUAAUUUUGCUUCUGGAUUAUUUUUUUUAAUUGGUUCAAAUCCUUUUAAAAAUUCAAAAUUAGAAUCUCAUGCCAAAAUUGAUAAUCAUAGAAGGGAUUAUAAAAAUUAUGACAAGGAUAAUUUAUCUUUUAUUGUUACUAUUUAUUCAGGUAAUAGACCAGAAUGGAUUAUUUCAGAUUUGGUAUGUUCAACAAAUUCUAUAACAUCAACUGCCCUUUAUGAUACUUUAGGAGAAACAUCAUCAAAAUAUAUUUUAGAAUUUACUCAAUCACCAAUUGUAAUAUGUUCCAAAAAUAAAAUUCAAAAAUUAAUUGCAUUAAAACAAAAUAACCCAAAAGACUUAGAAUCUUUAAUUAUGAUUAUAUCAAUGGAUCCAUUAAAGAAUCAAGAUUCUUCAUUAAUAAAGUUAGCAGAUGAUAAUAAGAUCAAAUUAUAUGAUUUUAAUCAAGUCGAAAAAAUUGGUGGAAUUUUCCCAUGGGAAGAAACAAAUCCAAAUCCAGAAACUACAUUUUCAUUAACUUUUACAUCAGGUACAACUGCAAACCCAAAGGGGGUUGUGUUAUCUCACAAGAGCAUUGUUUCAGCAAUUGUAAGUUUCACAUAUUUAAUGCCUCAUCAUAAUAAGAUGAAAGAAUUUGCAUUUUUACCAUUAGCUCAUAUUUUUGAAAGACAUAUGUCAGCAGCAGUAUUAAGUUUUGGUGGAUCAGUUGCUUUUCCAAGAUUGGGUGGUACUGCUCUUACAUUAUUUGAUGAUUUAAAAUUAUAUAAACCCACUUUUUUAGCUUGUGUUCCAAGAAUUUUUAGUAAGAUUGAAGCACUUAUUAAAACAACCACAAUAGAUUCAAAUUCAACUUUGAGUAGAGUUAGUUAUCAACAAGCUUUUGAAACCAAAAGAUUAAAACAAUUAGAAGAUGGAAAUAAAGGUCAACAUUUCAUCUAUGAUAAUACAUUAAUUAGAAGAUUAAGAUCAUUAAUCGGUUUUGAUAAUAUGGAAGUUUGUUUUACUGGAGGAGCACCUAUAAGUGGAGAAACGAUUAAAUUUUUAAGAUCAAGUUUAGGAAUUGGAUUCACUCAAGGUUAUGGAUCAAGUGAAUCUUUUGCAGGUAUGUUAAUGGCAUUACCUUUACAAGCUUCAAGUAUUGGUACUUGUGGUGCAAUAGCUCCAACAGUUGAAGCAAGAUUACGAGCAUUACCUGAAAUGGGAUACAACCUAAAUGAUGAGGGGGGACCUCGUGGUGAACUACAAUUACGAGGUCCACAAAUGUUUAGUCAUUACUUCAAGAAUCCAGAAGAAACCGCCAAAUCUAUAGAUUCACAAGGUUGGUUUUCAACUGGUGAUGUUGCACAAAUUACAAAUGAAGGCUGGUUUAUUAUUUUCGAUAGAGUUAAAAAUUUCUACAAAUUAUCUCAAGGGGAAUAUGUUACACCUGAAAAAAUUGAAAAUUUAUACCUAACAACAAAUUCUAUAAUAUCACAAGUGUUUGCUCAUGGAGAUUUUACACAAUCUUAUUUAGUUGGUAUCGUGGGGAUAGAUCCAAUAAGUAUCAAACAAUUUUUAACAUCACAAUGUAACAUCUCCCUCGAUCAAAUCACAACAAUUCCCGAACUUUUGGAAGUAGUUAACAAGAGAGAAGUUAAAACAAAGAUUUUGUUAUACUUAAAUACAAAUGUUGGAUCAAAAUUAAAUGGAUUUGAAAAAUUAAAUAAUAUUUAUUUAGAAGUUGAACCUUUAAGAUUAGAUAGGGAUGUUGUUACUCCUACUGCAAAAUUAAAAAGACCUGUUGCUUCCAAAUUUUUUAAAUCUCAAAUCGAACAGAUGUAUUCGGAAGGGUCCAUUAUUAAGGAUUUAAAAUUAUAG